UUCCGACUGCUUUGAGUUUGAUUGCUUAGCACAUACAGAGAGGAACACCAAUACAGAGAGCAACACCUUCAGAAGCUCUGCGCAACAUAUAGCAAGGAAUUUGGACGACACUAUCCCCUACUAAUCCUACCACGCCAUGGAAAAUAACUUUCGACCAGCAGUAGUGCCCCCUGGCCUGGAGUACCUAACACAGAUCGAUCAAAUCUUGAUACAUCAGAAAGUGGAACUGCUGGAGGCCAUCACUUCCUUUGAGACUAAAAACCGGUACAUAAUCAAGAACAGUCUGGGACAGGAAAUCUACACAGCCAAGGAGGAUAGUGACUGCUGCACCCGGAACUGCUGCGGUCCCAACCGCAUGUUUGAGAUGAAGAUCAAAGACCACAGUGGCCAGGAGGUCAUGCACCUGGUCAAGCCCUUCCGCUGCACCUCCUGCUUCUGGCCCUGCUGCCUGCAAGAGAUGGAGGUCCAAUCCCCUCCUGGCACCACCAUAGGUUAUGUGGUUCAGAACUGGCAUCCCUUCAAGCCAAAACUCUCCAUCCUAGGACCUGCCAAAGAGACUCUCCUGAGGAUUGAAGGUCCUUUCUGUGCCUGUAGCUGCUGUGGAGACGUUGAUUUUGAGGUGAUGGGUAAGGACCACGACCAGCCCAUUGGGAGAAUCAGCAAGCAGUGGAGUGGGCUGAUAAAGGAGGCCUUCACUGACACAGACAACUUUGGGAUCCAGUUCCCCAUGGACCUGGAUGUCAAGAUGAAGGCUGUGCUGAUGGGGGCCUGCAUCCUUAUUGAUUUCAUGUUCUUUGAAAGCACUGGUGACGGUGAUCAACGGUGUUCUGUAUUUGGAUGAGAGAGAGAGAGAGAGAGAGAGAGAGAGAGAGAGAGUUUGAUCAUGUACAAAUUAUAUUAUAUUAUAAUUGAUAAUGACAUGGCUAUUGGAUGCAUAUGAAUCACAUAACAUGACAUUUCAGACAAAACUGAUUUUUGUGCCACAAAACUGCCAAAUCUGCAAAUAUGUGUUCUUUAUUAAUUCAAUAAUCUGUAUAUUGAGGUUGUCUGAAUAAAAUAAUAAAAUAUUUGUAACACUG